GAGCAUUAGUAGACCUGGUCCAAACCACUUACUAGCUUACGUUACAGGAUUUCCACUACACCCUUUAAUGUGUGUAUAUAUAUGCACAAACAUUUAGUUUGAAAAGCAACCUUGCAUUCUCAAGCAUCCAAAGCUCCUUUCUUUUGGAAGUUCUUAUUGAUCUUUCUGUUGUUCAUCCAUACCAAAUUAUGGGUUUCCGUUUGCCGGCUGUUCUUCGUGCUAAGCAAAUUCUUCAGAGGUCUCCAACAGCAAACCAAACGGCUUCAGCAGCCAUGGACGUGCCAAAGGGCUACCUUGUAGUCCACGUUGGAGAAAAGCAAACGAAGCGAUUUGUAAUUCCCAUAUCAUACUUGAACAAUCCUUCAUUUCAAGACUUACUAAUCCUAGCUGAAGAAGAAUUUGGAUAUGAUCAUCCAAUGGGUGGUCUUACAAUUCCCUGUAGCGAAAACAUCUUCAUCGAUGUCAUUUCUUGCUUAAAUCGUUCAUGAGACUCUGAACAUUGAACACAAUUUUGUAAAGAAUAGUUACAAGUAAAAUGUACGCAAAAAGCAGGAGCAUUAAUCAAAUAUUUUUGUUUCUUCA